CUACACCGCACACACCCUCGCACCUAUACGCGCAACCCUCCAUGCACAUACCUUUGCACCUGCACACGUAUCCUCCAUGCACACACACUUGCACCUACAUGCACCUCCCCCGCAUGCACAACAGUCUUGCAGGCCCCAACCCAACCUGUAGUAACUGCUGCCUGGCCUGGGUCCAUUCAUCAACUUCAGUUGGAAUGUUCCAUUCCACUGGGGGGCAGGUGUUGUGGUCUUUACCCUGGUUGGUGAGGGAUGGGUGGGGACAUUGCCUUACUGCUCUGGUAUGGAUCCCCAAAACAGCAUGUCCUGACAAAGGUGUCCCCUACCCUCCAUACGGUCCUAUCAGCCAUUGCCUCCUAUUCACAGGGCCAGUCACUCCCCGCAAGUUUGGGUUCCUGUUUUAGAAAUGCCACCUAAGCCCCUCUUAUUUAGUCUUUCCUGUGGUGGAAACCCCUGCCCCCACCGGAGUGUGAGGUUGACUUUUUGGAAAGAGAGGUGAGGUGUUGGAAGCCAGGUCUGAGGCUGCGUCACACUCCUAGGUGGAAGUGGGGUUUCUGAGCAGUUGUUCUGGGCCAUGGUUGCAGCUGUGCUCUAAGCCUCAAGGGGGUGGCCAGGAGGAAUUUCCUUUCCCAUUUUCCAGAUGUACAAACCAAGACUUAGAGACUACCUGUGACUUGCCAAGGCCUUUCCCUGCUCUCAGGGCAGACGUAGAGGAAGGCAGCCAGGAUUGCAGUGACCAGGUUGUCACCAGCCACAAAGCCCUCUGAGUUCUCAUGUUGUGGGUGACUGGCCCUUAGGCCAUGUAAUGACAUUAAAGUCCUAUUGGUCACAACCCUAAACUCCUCUCCACAGAAUGUCUUUGAGGCUUAGAAGGGAGGGAAGGUGUCAGCGCUUCCUCCAUUCUGGGUACCCUUCUUGCAAGCUCCUCAUCCAGGGCCUGAGGCUCCCACCUCGUGUCACCUCAAGACAGCCAGAGAGGAUGAAAUCUUUGGCUUGGGGUUCCAGGGCUGUCAUAGGCAGAGGGCAAGCCAGGCUCUGAAAUGGGGAGGCCAGAAACACUGCUGGCUGAGGAAGUGGCUUGGCCUUGGGAAGCAAGAAGGCAGCAACCUCUAGGCACCCCUUCCCUCCAUCCUGCAGCCCUGAGAGGGACAGAUGGUGCUCAGCCUGUGUCCUGGGGCAAAGCUGGAUUCAUUUUCCUCUCUGGCGAUCUUUUGGGGCCCACAGGUGGUGAUUUGGAGGCACUGACACCCUGGUCUCGGGGCCUGUUUUAGAAGAGGCAGAACAGUGAUAAAGACAAGGAUCUAAAUGCGCAAGGACCCCCUGCCCUCACUGGGCUCACCAGCAGGUGCGGUGCCCCAGCCUGGCCUCUCAGGAUGGUUCUUAGUCUCUCCAGGGCUCACCUUUCCCUGAUAGGCAUCUGACCUGGCCCCUGGCCUCAUGUGCCUUGAUUCCUCAGUAGGGCCCCCUCUGAGACUGGAGGCCAGACCCAGCCCCUCACAUCACCAUGGAAGAAUGAAAUGCCAAGGCUCACAGGGGAACCUGCUUUGAGAACCCAAGGUUUUUGGCCGAGCUGGGUUUAUCUGGGUUCAUGUCUUUCUGAUACAUUCAGGGCUGUGGUGGUCCCUGUCCCACAUGGUAGGUCAGUGAGGAAAACUGGCAGGAGGCUUGGGCUCCCCAAGGCCCCUCCUCUCUGCCUCCCCUCAAGGCCACGCUUGCCUCCCUCUGAAUCCUGGCUGUGAGCUCAGCUCCAAGCCUGCACUCUAUAGACCGGGGAAAGAGCUUCCCCUUUGGAACCAGGCACCAGGCGCACCCCUGACUGCUAUCACCCUUCUGUUUCCCUGGCAGCUGGCAGGAGGCCAGCAUACAGCCUGGUGGGCCAGGGAGGGUGGGGCGUUUGCUCAGUAUGUUGGCGGAGUGAUUGGAGUGACAUGGCCUUGGAGGCCUGGACCCUGGGGCUGUCUGUGGGCCUGGGCCUAGGCCUCAAGAUGGGAUGGGCCUCUUGUGCCUGUGCCGAUCUCCUGGUGCAGGCAUUUUCCCGAGGGAGGAUGCUGGUGUGUAUCUGUUUGCUGGUGGGUAGGUGCCCUCCUGCCUGACCCACCUGCAGUGAGCUGUCCCCAUCACUCAUUUAGGAGAGGGGCCUGGACCAGCCCCAGCCACUGCCUGGAUCAGGGGGAGAAAUCCACGCUUGUGUCCGACCUUAGUCACCUUAUUGUCCUGGCUCCAAGAAGCCACUGAAUCCCAUACCCGGGGCUUCAGUGACUCUUGCAGGCAGGUGCCCGGGCGGAAUCUUCACCUCUGUGGCUGAGGAGGGUUUGCCAGGGCGUCAGAUGUUCGACCGCGCGCAACCACAGCGAUGUCUGAGUUAGGCCUCACAGCGGGCUGGCCAUGCCUGGCCUAUUCUUUGCUUUAGGCGGCAGCUCUUGGGGCCACAUUUCAUCAUCUAAGGAUGAUGACAGGUGCCUGCCCCCUUCCUGGGCAGUGGCUGGGGGUGAAGGACGGGAGGGGUGGGCCCCCUGUCAGCCCAUAUCCUGGAGGGCCUUGAUUGCCUGGGCUGAGAUAGCACACCUUCGGCAUGUUUGCUCUUCCUUCUGCUAUCUGUGCAGGCCAACGCGGAGAGGCUUUGUAGGGGCCGGACAUGUCCUCCCAGAUAGUCAGGCCGGGGCCCUGGCCAAAGUGCUUUUCUGAAGCAAAGAUGGAAAAAUGGAAGUGGAACUGGUUUGUGCUGCAGUCCUGGCCUGUUCCCAGCCCCAGGCUGGUUUUCCCCACAUGCACAGCUUCUGAGGAGGCCUGGAGCAGGGAGCUGGGUAUUUUGUGUGUGUGUUGGCAGGGAGUCAAGGCCAGGAGGGGUGAGGAGAGAGCCAGAGCAGGUAAGAUGCCAGGUUCUCACCAGGGCACCUCUCGUGGCUUCCCGCUCAUCUAAUUCCUCAGAUGCUACUUUGUAAACUGAAUUGAAAAUGGAUCAGGUCCUGGCAAGGGAGGAGCCAAGCUGCAGACCGGCUGACGCUGUGUCGGGCCUGGGCCUGGAGCACAGGGCUCAAGUUCUCACUUUGUGCGUUUGGAGCCGAGUGGGGCCUGAAAGCCCUGGCAGCAGUGGCUGGUCCCCUCCCUGUCAUGGCUUACUGGACCAGGCAGCCAGAGGGCCUUGCCCCCUGCUGCCUCCCAGGCCAGCUGAGGAAGAGGAUGAGCAGUGCAGGCUGGCUCAGCCCUGGGUAGCAGGGACAGGGCAGGUGGCCAGGACUGGGGACAGUGGGCUUCAGUGCAGGGGCUUUUGCACUGGGCUGCAAGCCCUGAGCAGGUGACCUGAGCAGGUGUGUGACCAGUGCCUGUCUGUCUGCAAUAGCCCUGACCCUCUAUUCUGCACCCUGUGAGCCACCGAGACUGAACCAAACCCAGGAAGCGGCGCCACCAACUGGCCUUGCAGAGGCAGAGGCCCUGGAGCAGUGACAGCACAGGAGAUCCGUUGGCUCGGGGGAAGGGGAGGAAAGAGGAAAACAAAGGGAGUGAUCGAGUGAGCCUCGCCCCGCCCUCCCUGUGCCGGCCCAUGAUGUGUCAGUCAGAGGCGCGGCGAGGACCAGAGCUCCGCGCGGCGAAAUGGUGAGAUGCUGCCCACCGCGCCCUAACCCCACGGUUCCCCGCCACGACCUCCGGAAGGUCAGAGUUCACAUCCAGCGGCCUCACAGUAGAGGUGGUGGCAAGGGGACUGGUGGUCAGCCCCCAAGGCUGGAGGAGCCCGGCCUGGGGGGCCUGAGCGCCCUGAGUCGGAGAGCCCGCUUCAGGUUGCACUUCCCCCAGCUGGCCCUGAGGCGGAGGCUGGGGCAGCUGAGCUGCAUGUCCAGACCCGCUCUGAAACUGCGCUCCUGGCCCUUGACCGUCCUCUACUACCUCCUGCCCUUCGGCGCCCUCAGACCCCUCAGCCGGGUGGGAUGGAGGCCUGUAAGCAGGGUGGCUUUGUACAAGUCAGUGCCAACGCGCUUGCUGUCACGGGCCUGGGGUCGCCUCAAUCAGGUGGAGCUGCCACACUGGCUGCGCAGGCCCGUCUACAGCCUGUACAUCUGGACGUUCGGGGUGAACAUGAAAGAGGCCGCUGUGGAGGACCUGCAUCACUACCGCAACCUCAGCGAGUUCUUCCGGCGCAAGCUGAAGCCGCAGGCCCGGCCUGUCUGCGGCCUGCACAGCGUGAUUAGCCCAUCGGAUGGAAGGAUCCUCAACUUUGGGCAGGUGAAGAACUGCGAGGUGGAGCAGGUAAAGGGGGUCACCUACUCCUUGGAGUCGUUCCUGGGCCCGCGUACCUGCACAGAGGACCUGCCCUUCCCACCAGCCACCUCGUGUGACUCCUUCAAGAACCAGCUGGUCACCCGGGAAGGGAAUGAGCUCUAUCACUGUGUCAUCUACCUGGCCCCUGGGGACUACCACUGCUUCCACUCUCCCACCGACUGGACUGUGUCCCACCGGCGCCACUUCCCAGGCUCCCUGAUGUCAGUGAACCCUGGCAUGGCUCGCUGGAUCAAAGAGCUCUUCUGCCAUAACGAGCGGGUGGUCCUGACAGGGGACUGGAAACACGGCUUCUUCUCACUGACAGCUGUGGGGGCCACCAACGUGGGCUCCAUUCGCAUCUACUUUGACCGGGACCUGCACACAAACAGCCCAAGGCACAGCAAGGGCUCCUACAACGACUUCAGCUUUGUGACGCACACCAAUAGAGAGGGCGUCCCCAUGCGUAAGGGCGAGCACCUGGGCGAGUUCAACCUGGGCUCCACCAUCGUGCUCAUCUUCGAGGCCCCCAAGGACUUCAAUUUCCAGCUGAAAACAGGACAGAAAAUCCGCUUUGGGGAAGCCCUGGGCUCGCUCUAGAGUCUCUUUCCUGAUUACGGCUGCUAAGGGAUCUUUUCCAAACAGAGUGAGGGUCUUUUGAAGAGGGAGGCCCAUGAGGCCAUCCAGGUGAGGGCCUGCCUUAGGGUGGGUGGGAGUCUGACCAGGUAGGACUUGAAUGAUUCGGCUCCCACCUGUUCCAGAGGUGCAGACAAGAGGUGGUGAGAGCCCCCGUCAUGCCCUCAACCUAUCCCGUUCCUUCUCCCUACAAAUAAAAAGUGCAGGCUGGAAUGAUCUCAGUCACAUUUGGAUCUUUUUAAACAUUGUACAGAUGGGAGAUCCUGCAUUCCUGACUGAACCUUCAGAUGGUCUCGAUUGUCGUUUUUUCUUGCUGCUCCUCCCCCCCAUCACCUGGGCUGUUUUCUGUUGGCCCCUUUUGUUUUUUGGCCUUAACGCUCCUGCUGCACAGGGUGAGGUGCCUCCUUGGCACAGACUGUGGAUGCCUCUCCCCCAGCAGAGCCACACAGCCUUCGUGACAACUGCUUUCCGUUCCCAAAUUCACCUCAUCCUGCUCUUUAGAAAAGCGGUCUUUGUGCUUGUGGCUGAACGCAUCACCCUGGACUCUGCCAGUGUCUUCUGAGGACACUGAUUAAUGAUACAGACCUUUGCAGUACCUGAUGAGUGACCUUCUGGAGCUGGCCAGGUCCUCUGCAGCAGGCAAGACCAAUCAAUCACUGAACCUGCCUCAUGGCACCAGAGUGAACAGGGCAGGCAGGUGGUAGGCCCGGCUGGGGAAAUGGGAGAGUUCCUGUCCCCCUCCACAUAUCCCUACAUGAAAUAUGGGAAAGUUGCUGCUAUUGAUUCAGGGUCUGUCUGUCUUGGAGGCAGAGGACCCUUAGUGGAUAGUUGGUCAGUGCCUGGAAAACCUGUCCCAGUUAUCAGGAAUGCGGGCCUGGGGAGCCCCCAAUGGCGGGGACAGGGCCAGAUUUCAUGUUGACCCUGGGGAUGCUGUGAAUUUCUCCUGCAGGAGAGACAUUGAAUUUUUUCAACUGUAUCAGUAGCACAGUAUUUUUGUAUGAAAAGUGGGAGACUUCUGAACAGUAAUUCAUUUAAUUGCAAAACAUUUUGAAAUAAAAAAAUCAAACUUA